CAUCACCGUCCCCAUGGAAGCAGAGAUAAUAAUGAAUGAAGCCUCUAUAUAAGCACCACAAGACAGGUGCUAUCUCCUCAACUCUCUCUCUCUCUCUCUCUCUCUCUCUCUCUCUCUCUCUCUCUCUCUCUCUCUCUGUGUGUGUGUGUGUGUGUGCGUAUGUGUGUGUGUGUGUGUGUGUGAAGCAAAGAUUGCAGUGACAAGUUCCACCAUGAAGAGUGAUGCAGGCCAACCUCUUCAAGUAGUCAUGCUACCAUGGCUAGAACCUGACCACAUCCUCCCCUUCAUUCACCUAUCCAACAGCCUUGAUGCCAAUGGCGUCAAGGUCACCUUCCUCUGUCCUCCCUGUCUGGUUUCCAACAUUCGCACCAACCUGCACGCCAACAUCCCCAUUGCCAAUUACACCCUCCCCCCUGACGUCGCCGACUUUCCGGCAGGCGGCACCGAAAUGACCAAGAUGAAUUCGGCUGCGGGCUUGCGCCUCAUAGAGGCUGUAGAUGCCAGCAGGCAACAAAUCGAAGCUGCCCUCCUGCUCCUCUCUCCUCAAGUUGUCGUCUUCGACUUCAUCUACCACUGGCUGCCCUCUUCAGCAGAUUCGUUUGGUAUCAAGUCUGUUUACUUCUCGGUUGGCACGGCGAACUCGGCGGCCUCCUCCAUGUUCCUGGCGAGGUAUCUGCCGAGCACGAACCUCGGCCUCGCCAUGCUCAGAAGGGUGCCGUCCGGGUUUCUCGCCGCCAUCUCUGGCCUGAAGGGCUACGAGGUGCAUAAUGCAAUGAACUACCUGAAAAGAGACCGGAAUGCUCGACUCUCUAUCUACGAACGGGUGCUUACCACCAUGGACAGGAGCUCUGCCAUCGCCUUGAACAGCUCAUCGGAGAUCGAGGGCACGUAUAUCAACUUCUUCUUGGCCCAGUGCCGGAAGCCGGUGCUUCUCGCGGGGUCGCUCAUGGGCAAGCCGACGGCCGACGAGCUCGAGACCCGCUGGGAGAAAUGGCUGAGCAGACAUCCCAAGGGGUCGGUGGUCUUCUGCUCGUUCGGCAACGAGGCCUGCUUGUCUGAAGAUCAGAUCACCGAGCUCAUCGCCGGUUUUGAGAUGACCGGGCUGUCGUUUCUUGCGAUUCUGAGCUUCCCGCCUGGGACGGGGAAGACAAGAGAGGCUAUUGUUGGGGAGAGGGCAGGAGGGAGAGGGUUGGUGCACGACGGGGUGGUGCAGCAGCAGCAGCAGCGGCUGAUGCUGAGGCAUUCGUCAGUCGGUGUGCACGUUGGUCAUGGGGAGUCGGGGCUGAUGAUGGAGGCGGUGGCCAGCGGGUGCCAGGUGGUGCUGCUGCCGGUGAAGGGAGACCAGUUCUUCAACGCGAGGCUGAUGGCGGAUGGGCUGAACGCCGGGGUGGCGGUGAAGAGGAGGUCCAAGGACGGGAGGUUCAGCAAGGAAGCGGUGUCGGAGGCGGUGAGGAUGGUGGUGAGCGACGGCACUUUGGCUGCUCGGAAGGUGAGGGCCAACAACGCCAAAGUGAGGCAGCUUUUGCUGAACCAGAGCAUCCAGGAUUGCUAUAUCCGGCGGUUCGUGGCAGACUUGCAGGAAUUGGUGGCCUCACCUCGUAGUGGUGAUGACGAAAAUGGUUACUUGCCAUCCACUCAUGAAGUCCUCUGAAAAUUCUCAAGCAUCUCUCUCUCUCUCUAUCCCUCUUGCUUGUAUCUUGGAUUUCAUUUGCUCUGUAUGAUGUAAGUUAACAUGAACAGGAAGUGGGUUUCUUUAGGUUAGAUUUUGCUGUGUUUCUUGAUAUAUGAAUAUCUUUUUGGCAUGCUUGAUUAUCAGGAUGGUUGUAUCUUGAUCGCUUUUUCUUCUGGGUGUGCUGUGAGUUAAAUUAAGAAUGGGGAAGUGGGUUUCUUUA